UGGGUUGUCUCUUCUUUUUUCUGUUUGUACUCGUCGUCGUCCUUUCUUUGAUUUGGGGUUUGCACUUGGAUGUUUGGGUUUGAGGGUUGUAUCAAGGGGGGGUGGGCAUUGCACUUGGACAUUCACACUUCAAGAUCUGCAUCUGGGCAUUUACGUCUGGACACUUGCGCUUGGACGUCUACGCUUGGGUGUCUACUUGCAUGUCUACACUUGGACGUCUACUUGCAUGUCUACACUUGCAUGUCUACAUUCAUGGUCUGGACAAAUGACUGACUGGCUGAUCAGGCGCCUUCCUCCCCGUCGUCCUUGAGCAGCUCGCGCGCGAAAACGGGCAUCUGUUCUCCGAUGCCGGGCGCUCGUGUCUGGAGCACGGCACCAGUAAUGGCUCGUCUGGGAACAGUACUGCGGGCAACGGCCCUGCUGGAAAUGGCACCGCUGGACUGCAGGAGCAGUGCAUGGUCACCCUGCUCGGGCGCGAGCUCUCGACGAGCAGUUUCUCGCUGUACACCUUCUCGGCGGCGGUGCUAGGGCAGGCGAUUGUGUUGGUGCUGUUCAGCUCGUUUGCGGACUACGGGCCGUAUCGCAAGAAGAUGCUGCUGGCGUGUGCGUACACGGGGGCAGUCGUGAGCAUGCUGUUCAUGUUUGUCUCGCCCCGGGUGUUUUAUCUCGCGCCAAUACUUGUCAUUGCCGGGGUCGCGAGUCUCGGGUUCUCGUUUGUGCUGCUGAAUGCGUUUUUGCCGCUGCUGGUCGCGAAUCAUCCGGCGGAGGACGAGCUGAAGUCGGUCGCGUCCGAGGAGGAUGUAGAUCAGGAGCUGGAGAGCUUCAUUCCGAACGGCGACAGGCGGCGGGCGCACCCGGACAAGCUGGCCAAGGACCUCAAGCGCUCUGCGGGUAUCUCGAGUAAGGGCGUGGGGUAUGGCUACAUCGCGGCCGUGUUCGUGCAGGUCAUCGCCAUCGGCAUCCUCUUCCUGUUCAGCAAGACCGCGUUCGGCAAGGCGCACCCCAGCUUCUCCAUCCGCGUCAUCCUGUUCGUCGUCGGCGUCUGGUGGGCGCUCUUCACCAUCCCGACCCUGCUCUGGCUGCGCCCGCGCCCCGGCCCUCCCCUGCCCGUCGACGACACGUCCGCCACACCCUCCCGCACGCGGCGCUUCUUGUACUACCUCAGCUUCUCGCUGCGCUCCUUCUGGAGCACGCUCCGCCGCGCGCUGCGCCUGCGCCAAACGCUCCUCUUCCUCGCCGCGUGGUUCCUCCUCUCUGACGCCGUCGCCACCAUCUCCGGCACCGCCGUGCUCUUCGCCCGCACCGAGCUGCGCAUGAGCACCAUCGCCAUCGCACUCCUGAGCAUCACAUCGAUCGGCUCCGGCAUCCUGGGCGCCUUCGCCUGGCCGCGCGUCGCCGCGCACUACGGCCUCUCCCCGAAAGCCAUCCUGCUCCUCUGCGUCGCGGGCAUGGAACUCAUCCCGCUCUACGGCCUCCUCGGCUUCGUGCCCGCCUUCCAGCGCCUCGGCGUCAUCGGGCUGCAGCAGGCGUGGGAGAUCUACCCCGUGGCCGUCAUCCACGGGCUGGUCAUGGGCGGCAUCAGCGCGUACGCGCGCGCCGUGUUCGCGCCGCUGAUUCCGGAGGGCCGCGAGGCCGCGUUCUUCGCGCUGUAUGCGGUCACGGAUAAGGGGAGUAGUGCGGUGGGGCCGGCGCUGGUGGGCUGGAUCGUGGACCACGCGGGGAGCAUUCGACCCGCGUUUAUCUUUCUCGCGGUGCUGGUGGUGUUGCCGGCGCCGUUGCUGUGGAUGUUGGAUGUGCAGAGGGGGAGAGAGGAUGCGAGGGUUUUGGCGGAUGGGGAGGCGGUGGGGCGCGGGAGUUAUGAGAGGGUUGGGGGGGAGUAGGUGUUGUGUUGAGGAUGAUGAAUGUUGUAACGAUGGCAUGAAAUGAGG